UGUAGAGUUCCAAGAAUUCCAGACAUGCAUAAUAUUACGCAGUUGUACAUGUAUUUACCUUAGUGAUCGACAUGUUUAAUUUAACAUCACAAUGACAUUCGUGGAGUAUCAGAUGUGCAUUUCACCUAAGAGUUUGCAAGAAGUACACGUGACUGUUCGUACUGUAGAGCACUUCCUACAAAAAACCGUGGUAAUCUAACGGAAAGUGAAAGUAACUGUGUCGACAAUAAGUAAUUUACUAUUCCCUAACUGUCAUUGGCUUCCAAUGCGUUUAAUUAAGUGUUAAUGGUGACACUUACACUCCUCUGACUUGUCGGUGUCUUCUCACUUAGCCAACAUUCUGAAUUUUGAGGUAUACAGGUAUAACAACUAGUGAAGAAGAUGGCGAUGUUUGAAGGUGGUGGAUCUAUGGGGAGCAGGACUGAAGUCCAAAGCUGGGACAUAAUAAGGCAUGCCCUUAUUGGAGAAUUUGACUCCAGUCCCGAUGUUUUCAACAGUGUUCUUCAGUAUUCACAAGACUACCUCGGUGGAGGAAAUGCACCUCUAAAUGGGAGUGAAUACUUUUCAAUACUGGAAAACAACAUGUUGCCAGAAGACGUUGUGGAUUUUCUUAUUGUGUUGAUGGACCAGCUAGGUUUGCAUACAGACUUUGGAAUGGUGUCAGUCGCUGGAGCUCUGAGGCAGCACAAGGAAAAACUUGAGGAGUACAGGAGGGCGGAGAUUGAGGAUGAACGUAGUAACAGAAACUUUGUAGGGAGAAAAGAGUACAUCGAUGAAAUAAAAAAGACUUUUGAAGAGGAUGGUAGAAUUCACAAAGGUGUGUGUAUCUGUGGAAUGGGUGGAUUAGGAAAAACAACUCUGGCCAAUCACAUCUGUAGGCUCAUGAAACGUCGAUGGAGGGUUGUCAUUGUUGAACUGAGGGAAGUGGAAAGGUUACAGGAUCUACUGAGGGAAAUCUUUGUGAAGCUGGAGUGUCCAGGAAGGAUUGCUGAAGAUGAAGAUGAAAUUCUAGAACAAAUCAUGAACUUUCUAAGAGAAAAGGACAGAAUAAAGCAAAGAAGAAUUCUUAUGCUGGACAAUAUUGAUGAUGUACUCAAUAAAGAAGGCAUAGCCAGGUUUAAGGAAGGAUUUCUGUCAAAAUUUGGUGAAUUUCUACAGGACUUUGGUGAUCAUUGCAGAUUACGUCUGUUGUUGACAUCCCGUGUCAAACUGUCUAAGUUUGUCAAAGGAAGGUCUGGAAAUAGGUCCUUACAGCCAAGGCAGGACAGUGGUAUUGGCGUGCUACUGGAGAAAGAGUUAUCUCCAAUGAAAUCAAGUGAGGCAAAUGAACUCUUCAGGAAAUGCGUUGGCACAAAAAAAAUUGAAAGCUCACAGAUUGAGAAGAUAGUGAAGCUGUGCGGAUUUAGCCCUUUGGCCAUCACCACUUUGUGUAGCUCAAUACGCUACGGUCUUCUCAAUCCUUACACACUCAUAGAAAACCUAAAAACGAAGUCACGAGUUGGGUCCAUUGAUGGGACUUCUGCUGUAACCAAGUGCCUAGAAAAGACUUUUGAUUCAUUGGGUGAUAAAGAAAAACGGUAUUUGGUACGGUUAUCUGUGUUUCAUACCGCUUCUUUUGACCUCGAAGCAGCCGCAGCUGUUCUUGGGGAGAAAAGUCUGCUUGGAGAACAAACAUCACUCAAACUGUUCAAUCUGAGGUCUCGUCAUUUUCUAGAGAACAUUGAGGCUUCUUCUUCAGAUGAUACUAGUAGGUUUGAAACCAGAUAUUCCCUUCAUCCACUUGUCUUUCAUCUCUUAAAGAGUAAAGAACAAUCUGGCCUUUAUCUUCAAGACAUGAAGAUAGCAAAGUAUAAGUUUGUACAACACUUUCGGAAGGUCAUUUGCAAGAUCGCAGAGGAGAUGGAAAAAAACUGUUUGAAAGGUCAAGGGAAAUUAGGUAUUGAUCGUGUUCACGUAUUAAAUUUCUAUGAGAUUCUGGCAGGACCAGAUGCUUCAGACACAACUGACAACCUAGAGACUAUAUUGGAGAGCAGAAGAAUUUCUGAAAUAGCAGAUGAACUUUUGUAUGAUGAUACGAGAUGGGGCCUUGUGAACAACUUCCUAGCAAAGACAAAGGAGAAGGCGGAGAAUCAGCUGGAAUACAUCUUUUGGCUGAUAUAUAAGGCUACUAUGGUGAUGGACAUGGAUAGAAACCAAGAAGCUAAAGCCAUACUGGAAAAUAUUGAUAUCUUACUUCACCAAGUGAAAGGGCAAGAGCUGCCAAUGGCUGCUGUAAUUGGCAGUUUUUUCUAUGCAAAAGGGAGGUUAUUUCUCAGAGAAUACCAAUGUGAAGAAUGCAUAAAAAAUCUGAAACUGGCAGCAAAUUUGUUCAGAAUCCGAGGAGUGAAGAAAAACUAUCAAGUAUAUUUGGCUAAAAUUUUCAAUGCCCUAGGUGGGGCAUACUUCCGACAAAGUGAAGAAUAUCUAGAGAAGGCUCGUCAUUACCACAACAGUGCAUUAGGGACGAUCACCAAGUGCUCCAGAAAAUGGUUCAAUGUUGAGGUCCCUGUGUACGUGCAAAAUUUGGCAACAUGUCUGUUUAAAGAAGGAGAAGCUCUUACAAAAGCUGGAAAAGUGGAUGAAGCAAAAGCAAAGUACCUUGAAUCAAUCCAGUACUACGAUAAUGGUAGUCGGCUGAACAUACAAAUGAAUCUCCACAAACAGGACGGUCAGGCACAGAUCCUUCAGAAUAGAGGGGAAGCAUAUGCUGCCCUUGGCAUUUUUGAGAAGGCAGAAAAGGACGUGGAAGAUGCAAUGAUGUUAAGACGAAAAUUAAUGAGUCCUCCACACCUACAGCUCACAGUGGUCACCUUCAAGAUGGCCAAAGUCCAAUAUCAGAAGAGCGUCUGGUUAUACCAUAGGAAAAAUCAGGUGCCUGCAAUAAACAUCAUGUUUAAGGCAAAAACCAGAUGCGAUGAGAUCGUGGACUUCAUUACUUGGGGAGGACUACCAAUCACUCACAGACUUUACUCGGAGGUCAAGGACCUAAUCUUCAAAGUUCAUGUCACUCUAAAGGAGUGGAAACCCCUCAAUAAACUUCUCAACAAAAUUCAGAAAUUUGAGUAUGGAGUUUACCAGAAAGACAUUGACAGACGGCGGAGCAUGAAAGAGACAACAAAAGCUCGUUUAACACAAAGUGAGUUGUAUGCUGUGCUUAACUCGAGAGGAACAACCAUCAUGCCAUCUAAUAAUGACUCAGAUGAUUCUGACAUAGAUUUGCCUGAAUUGUCUGAAUCGUCUUCCUCCUCCUCGGACGAUGAGAGUGAUGGUUUCAAUACAAUCAAGCAUCAGAAGCAGUACAUGGCAGUCAAGGAUAGAAUCCCGCCCAAUUUGUUUGAUGAAAAGCAAGCUGCUGUUGAUUUCACCAGUAUCUUGGAUGGGUCUUUCUUCAAAAAUAAACAGGACAAGGAAGAAGACGAUGCACCAUUGCCAAUCACAGAUAUGUCUAUUGACAUUCCAGAACUGGACCUCUCCACUAAGAUGGAAGUAGAUGAAGAUGAUGACAAUGAAGAUGUUUCAGUCCCAAUAUCAAACAAAUCCACUUGUUAUGAAGAUUUGGUCCAUGAUCAGCAGCAGAAUGAGGAAAUCGAAGGAGAUAUGGACAGAAAAGCACACAAUCCAUCAAUUACGCGACAGUCGAGUUCGUUGGAUAUGGACGUAUUCGGUAGAUCAGAACUAGUGUCACAGAAAAGUAUUGAGAUGCCAGAAGCUAUGAAAAAUUUGCAAGACAGUGUGCUUGACAGAGGAGCGGAGAGGCGUCAAGCGUGGCAAGGAUCUAGUUUGGAGUCUGCGUCACUAGAAUACAGUAUGGACAAGGACGGAGUCAUCUCUGCCACAGAACAACUGAGGAAGGUUGAAUUGAGCGUAAAAAAGAGAGACAAUCUGCUGAAAAUGGGUAGAGCAGACACUAUUUCCGAGGAUGAUUCGGAUACGGAGUCUAAUGUACAUGUAGAACAAGUGCCGGAGAUGGACCAAGCGAAGGAAAGACGAAGAAGGAAGGCAAGAAUCACACGUCAGACUAGUGUUUCGGACGAUACGUCAGGGCCUAAUUUAAAACGAAUGCACAAAGAUGAAACAUAGAAGUUAUUGGGAAGCUUGUAAGACCAGACCCUUCUUAUUUGAUUUAUACACCAAUUAGAGGUCUAGAAGUGAUGUUAUGUGACGUACGAUUUCAAAAUGACAUGCUUAUACAUGGUAAUAAUGAGUUGGCAGAACUUAGUAAUCAACGUCUCUUUAAUUACGAUUAUGAUAGUGAAAACAAAUCAAUUUUAGGGUAUUUUUCAAAUUUAUUCAACUUGAGAUUAAUUUCUCUGAAAACUGGACAUAAAAAUAAUGUAUUAUUUUUUCAUGUGAAUAUAAGUACAUGCAGUAGGUCAAACUAAUGACAUAACAAUGACAAUAGAAAAUAUCAACACAACAUACUUCUUGUAUAUCAACAAGAAAAAGAUAUUUAGGCCAGGUAUUCUAAAAGUACAAGCGUCUUCUGUUACCGACGACACCCUCUAAACAUAUAUACGUCAAUCUCGGUUAUGUCACAUAUUUAGAAUCAGAACAGGAGUGAUGACAAAGUAGCCAUUCCAUAUGUCAACCAACAUCAAACAUUUCUCACUUUAUUAUGCAGAAAAUUUCCAAAUGAGAAUAAUUUUGAGAAUAACAAUUUCAAUGUUAUGUGUUCCGCUCAGGUGUCGUGAAAGUUCUAUACAAAAUUUCAUAGCAAAGUAUUAUUGGAUUUAAGGUGGAAAUCUGUUUAUGGAACUUUCCUGUGGAAACUUUAAAGUAAAGGAAUUCCCUUCAGAAUAUUAAUGAAAUACAUGUAGUUGCCAGACUCCUCCAUGAUAUCUGAGAUUUGUUUAUUUCAAAGCUGGGAAAUUACCAGUUUUUAUUGACAAUGAUCACAGUGGAUAAUCUUAGACUCGAAAGUAUGAAAAACAAGUGCAAAACUCAAAAACUUAGAUUUAAAAUUUUAAUAUGAAAAUAAUAGUGUUCAGUGUCUGUUAUAUUUUUACCUCACCUGAAAAUCACCAUCUUUGAUAUUACACAUUCAUAAACAAUUUAGAUAGAACAUUCACCAAAGGGUUAAUCUGUUUGGGAUAAAGAGCUCUGACAUUAAUCAUUUGGGAUAGUAAUGUUAUAUAAUAUCCAUUAUCGAAAAAAAGAUGUUCUAACAAAAUCAUUUUACUGAACUUAUUAUAGCUUUUUUGCUUAUUAAACAUAUGCAUUUUUUGUUUGAUAUAUAUAUAUAUAUCUAGAGUCUAUAUAUAUCCUCUCCUGCAAAAAAAUGCAAAAUGCAGUAUGUUGGAGAAACCAGCACAAAGCUCAACAUCAGAAUCAACAAUCACCGUUGCUCCAUCAAGCAAAACAGACCAGACUUUCCUGUGGCUAGGCAUUUCAAUUUACCUUGUCAUAGUUGGAAGGAUAUGCAGGUGGUCGCCAUUGAUCACUGUCCCACCUGGAAUGAAAAGAAACGUUGUUCCAGAGAAAGAUACUGGAUUGACAAUCUCCAAACCUGCUACCAUCGGGGUAUGAACGAACGUUGAAGGACCGCUUCUGAGUGUAUUCUCCAUGUGACCAUUAUAUUUGACAAUUCAUGUAGUUAAUUAUUCAGUUUGUUAAAAUUUUCAUAAUUGCUGUAAUUGUUUGUGCAUCAAUUCAUUGUUGCUCUUUGAGACUCACAUUUAGUCGCCUCCCGCCAUCAACAGCAUUUGGUCCGAUUUGGCCCCAACCGUCUGUUUCCCGUAGCGUCCUGAAGGGACACUUCGGCAUUCUUAUUUCUUAUAUUCUCAGUCUUGAUAGGUCUAAAUAUUCGUAGUAGUUUUUUCACACCACUCUCUAUAAUUCUAAUUAUCUAAAAGAUAUUUUUCAAAGUUUUUCAGACUUUGUACACGAUAUUUAAUCAAUCACUGAGACGAUA